AUGUCCGAGUUCCAUCUGUCGAAGGAGGAGGGCGACCAGUUGACCAAGAACUUUGACAAGUUGCGCCUCGACGUGAAGAAGCGCGGGCUGAUGGAGGCGAACCUACUCUUUUACGUGCGAAAGACGCUGGAGACGAUCUUCACCAUCUUGGGCGCGUUCUACCUGCAGUACCACGGCUACUACAUCGUCUCCGCCAUUCUGAUGGGCAUCGCAUGGCAGCAGCUCGGCUGGCUCGUCCACGAGGCCACUCAUCAUCAGGUGUUCAAGAACCGCUGGCACAACGACUUGUACAGCUACCUGGUGGGCGACUUCCUGCAGGGAUUCUCGGCUUCCGGGUGGAAGGAGCAGCACAACGUCCACCACGCCGCCACAAAUGUCGUCGGCCGUGAUGGGGAUCUGGAUCUGAUGCCCUAUUUUGCGACGGUGGCACGACAUCUGAAGGUGGCCGACUCGUGGCUCCUCUCCGUCCUCCCCUACCAACACAUGUACUGGACGUUCGCGUUGCCGUUCUUGCGCAUCUCCUGGCUGGUCCAAUCCAUCACGUUCGUCUCCACGAUGCACACCUCCUUCUACACGUGCUACCGCGAGCGCGCUUUGUACGAACAGGUGACCCUGUCGCUGCACUGGGCCUGGGUAUGCCUUCAGCUGUACUUUUUGCCCGACCUCCACACCCGCGUCAUGUUCUUCGUCGUGUCGCAGCUGCUCGGCGGUUUCCUCCUCGCUCACGUCGUCACCUACAAUCACUAUUCGGUCGACAAAUAUGCCUACGACUCGUCCAUCCUGGAGGUGUACCCCUGUCUGCAGCUGUACACCACGCGCAACAUGAAGCCGUCGAGGUUCAUCGACUGGCUGUGGGGCGGUCUGAACUAUCAGAUCGAGCACCACUUGUUCCCGACGAUGCCCCGCCACAACUUGUCCAAGGUGAUGCCGCUGGUGAAGGAGUGGAGCAAGGCGAACAAGUUACCCUAUAUGGUGGAUGACUAUUUUACUGGAUGGAAGGAGGUUAUCGCCCAGUUCGCCUCGGUGGCGGCGGUUGCCGAGAAGAUGAACAAAAAGGUCAAGCCGCUCUUCACGAAGCCGAAGAGCCGC